AUGCGGGCCGGCGCGACGAACUACAGCCACCAGGAUCGCAUUCCCCGUCAAUGUCUGGCAGCCGUCGAGUUUAGCGGCAAUACCUACUGGGCUCCUCCCCAUGUGCCCUUUUUCUCCCAUGUCCUUUGGGAGCCACGCUCAGAUGAACCACCAGAGACGGUCGGCAUGGGAAGGUCAAUUGAAGGGCGGGAUGGCGAAGGCUUAUCGCAUAUGACAAUUGCUGUACGGGUCAUCGUGUUGGUUCUAGCAAUUGCAACGACAUUUGUGUGUAUGCUUCGGAUAUACUUGCGCAAGUUCGUUAUAAAACGAUUCGGACUCGAUGACUGGUUGGUGCUGUGUGCUCUUAUCGGAGUAAAUUUGUUCUCUGCGCUUGCGUAUACCAUCACGUACUAUGGGCUGGGACAGGAUUUACAGAACGUAUCCGUCGACGACUUGGCUGUCUUCCUCACGCUCGAAUAUGCCUCGCAAUGCGCCUACCUUGUGAUUGCAGCAGCAGUCAAAGCCAGUCUACUCGUGUUCAUCAUGCGCCUCUUCCCCACUCGGUUCAUCCAGGCCGCUUAUGAUAAGACCAUUCCCAAUGCCAGCUGCUACCCGACUGAGACCUCAUAUGCCAUUCUGAUGAUGCAGGGAGUCAUCAUGUUUGUGCUUGAUGUGAUGAUACUUGUGCUCCCAAUGCGACCAAUCUGGAAAUUGCAAAUGCCGUUAAAGAAGCGGUUACUUGUCAUAGGGCUGCUAUGUGUUGGGUUUACCGCAUGCAUCGCCGCUCUUGUGCGAUUCUCAACUCUUAAAUUUGCCAAUGACACAACGAACUUCACCUACUCGGCCUCGACAUCCCUUAUCUGGAUGGAAGUCGAGUUCAACCUCGGCCUCAUGUCGGGAUCUCUGUCCUCCCUACGGAAACUCUUUAAGAUUCAUGCACCAUUUAGUUCUGCCGAUGCCUCUCAAGGGGAAUCAAGCCAGUCCGCGAGCCUCGAACCCCCCAGAUCCCGACACAGCCGCCUCAAGGGCGGGAUCACGAAGAAGACAGAAAUCAUAAGAGUAUAUGAAACAAGUGAGAGCCAGGAGCAUAUUGCCCCGAUGAAUAGAUUGGGUGAAACGACCAAUACUACCAAUGCAUAUGAGGCGAGGGCGAAUUCAACGAAUCUUUGA